AUGGUUUUGCUAAUUUCGAACCCUAAAGCUUCCAUUGUUAUUCUUCUUUCCUUGAGUUUCAUUCGUCGCUUCAUAUACUUUCAGGAUAAAACCCCUCACACAAUCCCACACCCUCCGCCUUCUCCGAACUACUCUCUCCAUCUACGGUUCCCCACAACGAAUCCUUCCAUUCGUCUUCUCUCCGAAUUUGUUGACUCCGAGUACAGAUCAACAAGAUCUCCGCCUCCCAACUCCCAUGUUGUUGCCCACUCCUAUGUUGGACUACGAAGUCCAAAUCUGUCCUCGAGGAACUUUGGCAGGCACUUAGGGUUUCGGUCUUAUUUAGUAGAGCAAGAAGAAAUCUCUUUCUUCACAAUUGUUACAGGAGGUAUUGUUGCUCUAGGGAAUUUUGAUGCCCUGCACAUUGGCCAUCGAGAGCUUGCGAUCCAAGCUUCAAGAAUUGGAACUCCGUAUCUAUUAUCAUUUGUUGGAAUGCCCGAGGAAUAA